CAGUAUAGCCAAGCCAUGGCUGGCUGAGAGUGGUGGCUCUCGUAGGCCACUGAAAUCGUCGCUCUCUCAAUUCUCAACAGGUGGCCUGCAUCGUUUGAAUCGCGUCACUCAUCCGUCAGUCGUGAAGAAGUCUCAUCCGUGUGUCAUCUAAUAAAAGAAAAGAUGCUCUCGCUGUCAGCAUAUCCUCCUUCUCUCACCUCGCUCCCCCGCUUCGCUUAUUUACGCCACCCUUCCUCCUCCUCCUCUCGUAUCCUCUCUCCGCCACCAUCAACCACCGCCACCAGAGUGAAAACUACGUCAUCGGAGAUGGACUCGCUUCCUGAGCACCGCAUCGUCUUAGGAUGCGGAGCGGCAGGGGUGGAUUUCCUGGCGGCCGUCGCUUCUUUUCCUAAACCUGAUGACAAGAUCCGAAGCACUAGCUUGAAGGUGCAAGGAGGUGGAAAUGCGGGGAAUGCGUUAACAUGUGCUGCUCGUUUGGGUUUGAAUCCCAGGCUCAUUUCCAAGGUUGCUGAUGAUAUUCAAGGCAAGGGAGUUUUGGAGGAGCUAGAAUCCGAUGGUGUUGAUACUUCUUUUUUUGUGGUUUCCAAGGAGGGAAAUUCACCAUCUACGUAUAUUAUUGUUGACAAUGAAACGAAAACCCGUACCUGUAUUCAUACUCCAGGAUAUCCUCCCAUGAUACCAGAUGAACUUUCCCGUUCAAGCCUUUUAUCUGCAUUGGAUGGAGCAAGACUUGUUUAUCUUGAUGGAAGGUUACAUGAAACUGCCUUAGUCAUUGCAGAAGAGACAGCUCGCAAAAAUAUACCCAUUUUGAUUGAUGUGGAAAGAAAGAGAGAAGGGCUGGAUGAUCUUCUGCCGUUGGCUAGUUAUGCUGUAUGCUCAUCAAAAUUUCCACUGGUAUGGACAGAGGCACCAUCUAUUUCAAGUGCACUUGUUUCCAUGCUUCUGAGAUUGCCGAAAAUCAAAUUUGUGAUUGUGACCUUGGGUGAAGAUGGAUGUGUAAUGCUUGAGAGAAGCACAGAAGAGGCUCCUGCAUCAGAAGAAAAGGAUGUAGAUAGCUUGUUGGAGUCACUGAAGCAGAGAAAGGAUGAUAACGUAGCCAUCCCAACAUGUUAUGCAUCACCACUGACAAAGAUAAGAGCAAACGGUAUAGGGACAGUGAAUGGGAGGUUGCUUGUGGGAACAGCUGAGAAGAUACCACCACCAGAACUUGUCGAUACGACCGGUGCUGGAGAUGCUUUUAUUGGUGCUGUUCUUUAUGCUAUCUGCGCCAACAUGCCUCCGGAGAAGAUGUUACCAUUUGCUUCUCAAGUGGCAGCUGCUGGCUGUAGGGCCUUGGGAGCUCGAACGGGUCUCCCGCACCGCACUGAUCCACGCUUGGCAGCCUUCUUGCACUAGAGCUCUCAUAUUGUGUACACCAUUUGUCAUUAUCCGUUAUAUGAACUUGUAAUCAACUUGAACCAUGGCAACGUUCCAUGUCAAAGCUUUCAGUCCUUAGCAUAAGGACUGGAAUUAAUGCUCAAAGACCUGCUGAUCUAGUAAAGUUGAUAUUGAUUGUCAAA